AUGAAUAGUCCUCCAGUGACUCCACAGAAGAAGCGUAUUCUUACUGAGAUCAAUGGUCUUCCCACGCCAAAGAGAACGAAGGUCAAAGAGCGACAUGCCACUACUGUCUACUCUCAGGUCAAAACCGUUUUCCAGAGAGGGUCCUUACCAGACAUCGACACCGACGGAUAUUCUCUCCAUGGCAGAUCAAAAGAGGCCAAUAUUCUAAAGAGCUUCUUGGAGAAAGGCCUUGCGGACUUGGAAAGCAAUUCCUUGUACAUCUCCGGACCUCCAGGAACGGGUAAGACAGCUCAACUCAAUGCCGUGCUAGCCUAUCUUUUCCCAAAGAAAUCCGGAACCUUCAACACGUAUCAAAUUGAAAAGAACGGGCAAUCGAUCAGCAGAUUACUGUCUGUCUCCAAAAUAAACUGCAUGACUAUCAACAGACCAGACGAAAUCUACCACAGCAUUUACCGACAAAUUCAGAGUUGCAACAUUUUCCAUGACGCUAAAUGUUCAUCCGAGCAACUUGAGAAGAUCCUAAGUGAUGAGGAUGUCGCCGAUAUGCAUAUCAUUGUUCUGGAUGAACUUGAUAACUUGAUCGCUAAGAAUCAACGGGUCUUAUUUCAACUAUUCUCCUGGGCUUCUCACUUAACGGGUGCAGGUGGUCCCAGGUUGAUUCUAAUAGGGAUAGCAAACGCGUUGGACCUGACUGACAGAUUUAUACCGAGGUUGAAGACUAACGGCAUCAGUCCAAACUUAUUACAAUUUCACCCAUAUAAUGGUGACCAGAUAAAGACGAUCAUCACCAAAAAAAUACAAUGUCUACCUCACAGAAACACAAACCAGAUUAUACAUCCUGCUGCACUGCAAUUAUGUGCACGUAAGGCCUCUUCAAGCACAGGUGAUUUGAGAAAAGCCUUCGAUGUCCUCUACCAAUCGAUAGAGUUAGCAGAGGCUUCAGCAAAAAGAAAGAUGGAUCCCAUAAAGUUUGCCAACCUCCAACUGCAUGAAAUUCCUCCCAUAACAGUUGCGGAGAUAGCCAAGGCCUUCAAUGCCUCAAACUUGGGAAAAGGUAAGCAGUUUCUGGCCAAACUAAACAUACAACAGAAAACUAUUCUAUGUGCUCUGAGCAAAUGCUCUGGGAACAAAAGCAUCACGAUUAACUCUUUAUACGAGUUCUACAAGACAAAAAUUGAUUUUGAUCCAUUGACUGGGUCGUUGAAGAAGACUGAGUUCAUCGACAUCCUAUCGAUGUUGGAAAGUCAUGGAGUUAUCUCCAUGGGGAACAAUUCCUCUAGAUUAUCUAAUGUUGGAAACUCAAAAGUUGCUUGUAUAACUGCAGAGCAUGAGAUCCGAUCCAGUAUCCAGAAUUUGCCUCUUUUGGAGAAGAUAAUGAAUGGAUAG